UAUGCUUCAUCAGUAGUAUAUAACAAGCAACAGCAAGGCAAGUGAAUACCGUAGCGGAGCACGUAAUUCAGAACUAGCUAGCUAGUGAACAUGGAGGUGGAGGCCCCGUGUGGUGGUGGCAGCGCCGGCGAGAGCAGGUGGUCGUUGGGAUCGUCGCUUGCUGUUAGGAACGUGCAAGAUCUCGUGUCGUCCUCCGCCGCCGAGGAGCUCACACCCGAUAUGAUCCAACGGUACAUCCAGCCAGACAUCGACGCGCACGCUGUUCUCGCCGAGCACUCUGAGGAGGUUCCGGUCAUCGACCUCGGCAAGCUCAUGAACGCUGAGACUGUGGAAGACGAGACGGCCAAGCUCAAGCUUGCCUGCGAGGAGUGGGGCUUCUUUCAGGUUUUGAAUCAUGGAGUACCAGAUGAGGUCAUCGUGGGCAUAAAGCAGAACAUUCACAAGUUCUUCGAGCUUCCCCUCGAUGUGAAGAAUGGUUACGCACAGCGUCCAGGAGAUUUGCAAGGCUAUGGACAAGCCUUUGUUUUCUCCGAUGAUCAAAAGCUUGACUGGGCUGAUAUGUUUGGGCUCUUCACCCAGCCGACUCAAGCCCGUGAUAUGAGUUACUGGCCGAGUGAACCUCGUACAUUCAGGAAUUCCAUUGAAGAAUACACUUCUGAAUUGAUGAAACUUUCUCACUCAAUUGUCACCUUCAUUGCCAAAACACUAGAUUUUGAUCCAGAGUUGAUGGCAGACAAAAAUGUGGGACAAUUUCUGAGGAUGAACUACUACCCUCCAUGCAUGUCAACUCCUGGAAAGGUUUUGGGUUUCUCACCACAUUCUGAUGCAUCUUUUAUAACUAUCCUGUUAGAAGUUAAUUCCGUUCAAGGGCUACAAAUCAGAAGGCGUGGUGCAUGGAUCCCAGUGAAACCACAUGGUGAUGCAUUAUUGGUGAAUGUGGGUGACUUUCUUGAGAUUAUGACGAAUGGGAAGUACAAGAGCAUUGAGCAUAGGGUCACAAUAAAUGCCCAUAAGGAACGGCUGUCCAUAUCAGCGUUUCAUGUGCCAAAGUAUGAUGGGAUAGUUUCACCAGUUUUGGGUAAUACAGAAGAGAAAGUGUUAUACAAGACAACGAUAGUAGAGGAGUAUGCAAGACUUUAUUUGUCAAGUAAGCGAGAUGGAAAGAGGACCCUGGAUCAUGCAAUGCUGUCCUAAAUAUUAGGCUUGUUUACUAUCCAAUGUUCGGUCUAGAUAAACAUUCAUAACUAAAUUUAUUUUUGAGUGAAAUUUAUGUAUUUAUCAUUGGGAAUCUUCUAAGUGGAAUUUGAUUUUUUCA